GAAUAAGUGAUUAUAUGGCGGCAGGACAUUCCCCGAACCACUUAUGAUCCAUGAACUCGACUGACGUCGGGGGCGAUUGUUACGGAUUUGGGCGCGACUGCCGGGACUAAAAGCCGCGACCGAACCUCCGAAUAUGAUUGCUUUCAAAUAACCCACGAGCGCCCGACACUUGUUGAUUCUUUCAUACCGGUCAUUCCAUUGUCCACUAUCUUCAAAAUGUCGUCAGCUACUACCAUGCAGGCCUUGAACUAUCUCGGACCGUACAAGGUUCGAGUAGAGGAGGUUGAGAAGCCUAAGAUAGAGCAUCCGGAUGAUAUUAUUGUCAAAGUCACCACCGUGAGUAACCAUUCCACAGGAGAACUCUUGCUUGCGCUGUGGAAGAUUGACCGGAAAUCAAGGCUGCAAUCUGUGGCUCAGACCUGCAGUAAGUAUAGGGUGUGCGGGGUGAAUGCGAACACCGAGAAAAUGGCACAUGGAACUUAUUAGAUUGCAGCAUGUACGAAGGAAGAACCGCUGCUGAGCCGGGCAUUACCUUUGGUAUGUCUGUCUUUAUGUCACGCGUGAGUAAAAUUUGCUGACCAAAGUCAAGGCCACGAGAACAUGGGUAUUGUCGAAGAGCUAGGCGAGGGUGUCACGUUGUUGAAAAAAGGUGAUCGCGUUGUCAUGCCCUUCAAUGUUGCGGACGGCCGAUGCCGGAACUGCGAGGAAGGAAAGACCGCUUUCUGUACAGGUGUCAACCCGGGGUUUGCUGGUGGUGCCUAUGGCUACGUGGCAAUGGGGCCCUAUCGAGGAGGCCAAGCACAAUAUAUUCGCAUUCCCUACGCAGACUUUAAUGCUUUGAAACUGCCACCUGGCAAGGAGCACGAGUCUGACUUCAUUCUUCUGGCCGACGUCUUCCCCACCGGCUGGCACGGUGUGGAAAUCUCUGGCUUCCAAUCGGGUGAAAGCAUUGCAGUUUUCGGAGCUGGCCCUGUUGGGCUUAUGGCUGCCUUUUCAGCAGUUCUGCGAGGCGGGUCCAACAUUUAUGUUGUAGAUCGUGUCCCCGAGCGAUUGAAGGCUGCCGAGAAGAUCGGCUGCAUACCGAUCGAUUUUACCAAGGGCGACGCUGUCGACCAAAUCAUUGCCCACAACGGAGACAUGGUUGAUCGUUCAGUGGAUGCCGUCGGUUACCAGGCUGUGAAUCCCAACGGAUCUUCUGAGAAGCCCAAUAUUGUACUUGAGAACAUGAUCCGCGUCACUCGGGCUUGUGGUGGACUGGGCAUUGCUGGUCUUUAUGUACCUAGGUACGAUAUUCUCCCACUAGCCAGCGAUGAUUUGAUCUGACUGACCAAUUUAAAC